AAGUGGGAGGUGAGCGGCAGGGCGCUGUGCCGACUGUGACUGUGGGAAACCAAACCGCACCAGCAGACAGAAAGUCCCCGAGAGUGCGGAGGUGAGAGUGGAGUUCUGCUUCUCCAAAACCUUUACGCACCGCAGCAGCAUUCCGCCUCCUUCUCUCUCUCUCUCUCUGCCUUUCGUUCUCUCUGUAUCCCACCAAAGAAGAAGAAGAAGAAGAAGAAGAAGAAGAAGAAGAAGAGAAGAAACCGACAACUACCACCCGGCCCUCUCCUGUCUGAAGCAGCGGGAUCAGAGAAGUCGGCAGGCGCACCGGGCAGCCUGUCUCCCCAAGCCCAAGCCCAACCCGGGCAAUCAAAUUGGAAGAGGGGGAGGACGCCAGCUUUGGUUUUGGUUUACCCGCGGAGAGCACAGGGCGCACGAGGACUGAAUGGUUGAUCCCAGCCCUCCAGUGCUGCACCUCUUCUGUGGUGGUAAUGUCAGCAUGGCAGGUGUUGGUGUCAAAGUAGAACAGGAGGAUUCCAGGGAAGGAGGCAGAGUCUUCAACAAUGCUGACCCUCUGAAGACAUCUCCCACACACGACUGGUCAGGAUGUCAGCCACUGGAGGCCCGCCAGCUUACCCCGCCACUGUCCCGCUCCCCUUCGGAGGGCUCUCCAGGUAAGGAGCUGACUCACAGGCAAAGCCCCAUGGGACUGAAGGAGGUCAGGACACAUGAUCGACCAGAAGGGCAAUCCAGCUUCAAGGAAGUAAUGCCAACCAUUGAGAAGCUGCUGAAUGCUGACUGGAAGGAGAAGCUUCUGGAUAAGAGCACAGUGGGGGCAGGGCAGCAAAAAGGCACCCCCGACUCUCUGGCAGAGAAGGAGCUCCAGUUGUUGAUGAUGAUCAACCAGCUGAGCGGUCUCAGGGAGCAGCUGCUGGGGGCCCACUCAGAGCAGAGGAACAUGGCAGCCCUGCUGCUGGAGAAACAGCAGCAGCAGAUGGAGCUGGCUCGGCAGCAGCAGGAACAGAUCGCCAAACAGCAGCAGCAGCUGAUCCAGCAGCAGCACAAGAUCAACCUGCUCCAGCAGCAGAUCCAGCAGGUGAACAUGCCCUACGUGAUGAUCCCGGCUUUCCACCCCAGCACCCAGCCCCUCACAGUCACCUCUGACCCCCAGAUGAGCCUGCCACUGCAACCAAUCCCCUGCAAGCCAGCCGUGGAAUAUCCUAUGCAGCUGCUACCGAGCCAUCAUCCAGCCCCUGUGAAGAGGAGCAGUGGUUCCUUCCGACAGGAAACGAGUCAGCCAUUGAACCUGACCUCCAAGCCGAAGGGGCUGGAGAUGGGCAAGACACCCAGUCAACAGAGCAUGGAUCUGGGAUCGCUGGCACUGCAGGGGACCUACAGGCCCAGGGAUCUCCAGAGAAAAGUGUCCCACAGUCCACCACGAUCUUCUCUCAGUUUCCUUGGAGACGGCGAUGUGGUCACCCAGGCCAUCCAUGAUGCCCAGCAGCUCCUUAAGAGCCACAGCAGCGGAGGGCGAGAGAGGGAGCGAGACAGGGACAGAGAGAGGGACGGUGGGGGAAAGAUGGAGUAUAAAGAAUCUCCCCACAGAGAGAGAAUUUCUCACUCCGAGCGGGGUGAAGACAGACAUGGCUUGCCGUCCACCGAGGACCACCUCAGCAGUGACUCUGAGGGUGCCCUGCCCGUUUCUGUCCCAGGCAGCUACGCCGAGGCUCGGCCCCCUCCCUCCUCAGGCCACAUCAAGAGACCCAUGAAUGCCUUCAUGGUGUGGGCCAAGGAUGAGCGCAGGAGGAUCCUGCAGGCCUUCCCUGAUAUGCACAACUCCUCCAUCAGCAAGAUCCUGGGCUCCAGGUGGAAGGGCAUGUCCAACCAAGAGAAGCAGCCUUACUAUGAAGAGCAGGCGAGGCUGAGCCGGCAGCACCUGGAGCGCUACCCCGACUACAAGUACAAACCCCGGCCCAAACGGACCUGCAUUGUCGAGGGGCGGAGGCUGAGGGUGGGCGAGUACAAGGCCAUGAUGAAGAGCCGCCGGCAGGAACAGAGAGUGACCUACACACACAGUCAAACAGAGCCUCAGCAGAUCCACUACUCCCACAGCGAUGGCCAGUACCCUGGCGCUGCUGGCUCGGUCUCCGUGGCAACCAUGCCCUUUCACCCCGCGUUACUGGAGCAUUACCUGCCACAGGUCCCACCUGCCCCGCGCCGAAUGGAGGGCCAUGCCACGCCCACUUCCCUGCCAAGAGAGAGAGAGAGGGAACGAGAGAGGGAGCGGCCGCUGUGCAGCGAAGGAGAUGAAAGUGAUGGGGGAGAAAGGAGUGAGGGGGAACUGGUUCUCCUGACAGACUGAAGAAAAAAUUAUUAAAAUGGAGGGGCAGCGAGGGUAGUUGUGGAGGAAGGGGUGCUUAGUCAAAUGAGUCAGAGAGUAUGACCCAAGGAAAACAGGGAAAGAUUUAGUUGCCACUGAAUUAAAAAAAUGCUCCUCUGUAAGGAAAUGUCACACUGUACUCCCAUAUGACUUAGCAGUCUCGAAUGAAGGUCUGCUCCUCUCACACACACACACACACACACACACACAAACACAAAGGAAAACUAUUAUUUUACUCAUUUCCUUUUCAUAGGUAUCAUGUCACCAGCUGCUUUGUUUUAAAAACAUAAAUUGAAGUUUUAUUGUCUUUAAUUUCAUAUAAUGUUUAUCAUGUAAUCCCCUAUGCUGCUUAUUUCCAUCCCCAUGUUGAAUUUUUCGAAAACAAAUGGCCCACACGAAUUAGAUUCAGCAGAGGAGAGUGUAAAAGGAACCACAAAACAGAAUCCCCAUGCUCCCCUGUUAGACAGCUGAAGGACCUUCAAGCAGCUGAGUAACUUCUCUCUGGUUGGGCCCGUGAUGAAGCUGUAUGUUAUCAGUGUGUCAGUCCUGCCCUCUACUGGUAAUGGCUGGUUAUUGCUAAAUGAAGACAUGGUCUGUUACAGUUUUUCUCAAUCGAUUUGGCACAUUUACUGAAACAAACUUACUAUUGUCAAAACUUAAAGUACAAUCCUCACACCACGUGGUACAUUCAGCACACAAGUGACCUGCAAAAGGUGAUUACUCAAUCAAUAGGAUUCACUAAUUUUUCUAAUGUAAAUAAAUCCAUCAAUGAAUAAAUCUUUAUCAUCAAAACAAAAGGUUCCUAUAUGAUUGCUUAGACCAAGACAGUGAAAAUGCAAAGACAUCUUGUCAAAUGACAGUGUGCUCUGAAAGUGUGAUAGUUACCCACUGUACUAUUGUCCAAUUGCUAACAUUGUAUAUCUAGGCAGCUGAAUAGUAUUGAUAUCAGCCAUGGCACACACUAAUUUGAGCGUUGAGUGUUAAAGUUUCAUAAAGGUGGGGGACAGAUUUAAAAUAAACAAAAGGUCAAAUGCAAAAAGGCAGAGGUGUGUGUAUAUACUCAUAUAUAUAUAAGUCCUUAGAACGGCAAACACACUGGAUCCUACACUUCCCACAAUGCAACUCAACACCGUUUUUCAUGAGACACACAUUGCCUGGCAAAUGGAAACAAGCUUCACACCCGCAGUUUGUAACUCGGGCUGCUGUAAAUUUGUAGUCCUACAAUGAGACAGCCCCUGGUGCCAUCAAAGAUCGGACUUGAUUAACACUCCUUUUGACAAAAACAACAGAGAAACAAUGGACCUAAAGUGUAAAAUAGGAGGAGCCACUGCUGUGUCUUUCAAUCAGUCUCAUUGGAAAUAAUAUUCAAGUGAAGGGCUCUCUCAGUUCUCCUGAAAGUUUUCCAUCUAAUAUCAUUGAAAUUAUUUUUAGGAAUACCCCCGUUCUGACCCGGUCCUCUUCCUCGCCCUCCUGACAUCACACUGUACAGUUGAGCUGUGCUGUGUUAUGCUGUAUUUGUGUGUAUCAGUUUGCUCCUCAUAGCAUGGUGGGUUGAACUCAGCCCUACCUAUUUGUUUUAUACAUCCAUGUUUGCUUCUAUGAGUGUUUAUUGAUUGUCGUGUUGAGCACCUAGCUGUGUAUUCAAAAUUCGUAUGUUUUUUUUCUCUUUCUUUUGAAAUGCAGCCUCCCACACUGCUGCAGAAAAUAUCCAAAUGAAAAUGAAAGACCUGUUGUUUUUGUCUUGACAAUUUUUUACAUGAUUUUUCAGGAAUUGUCAUUUUCUUGGUAACAGUCCAUCAAUCCUUGCAUCAGCAAAUUGGCAUUCUGUCAUUUUCUCAAAUUUUCUGAAGCUGCACUGGAAUUUGACUGAAAGUGACACUAAAUGCCUUUUUUUUUUUUGGUGGCAGAUCGGUCAGUAGGCUUAACAGUUGUCUUCUCAUUUCAUCUUUCACUCUCCUGUUCCACGAGCAUAUUAGCAGAUCAUCCCCAAAUCCACGUUCCACAUUUGAGAAGGGGCAGCUGACGUAACCCCGCUCUCUUGUGGUGGCCAAAUGAUAGUUAAUGUGACAACACUGGCCAAAGUGAAAGGGACACGCCUAGUCUUUGACGACACCGAAAAUAUCCGCAAGCCCUCAGGAUGUUGGCUGCCGUGCUGCAUGUUAACGAGUUUUGAGUUAUCCAUGUCAAUGCUUACCUUGUUCUUUGGUGCAUUCAUUGAUGGAUUAGAGUAGACUGGUUGAUAGAGAAACUGAUUCUGAAAACCACAACUGCAACAGUUUUAAAGCUGUAGAAACGUUUAAAAAACUGUUAUUUUUGUGUUUUGUGUAUGGUGAGCUGUGUGGUUAGACAUGUUGAUUUGUCUCAUGCUGUCCUGAGGUUUCUUUCAAGUAUGAACACCACCUCAAGUGAUAUUUCCUUUUAUUCUUCUUCAAAGGAAAUGGUAAAUCCUUUGUUCUAAUACUAAAAGGAGAUGCACUAAAAGCUACGGAGGCUAACAGUUUAGCAUAUGUUGUGCUAAGUGGUUGUUCCAAAGUCGAUCAGAUAAGUUAAGACAAGCGGUGACUUAUGUUGGCAGUUUCACGUUCAACUGGUCCGGUGCAAUCAACGUGGAAGACCAAAACGUGUUGAGAACUACGAAACCUCCUUUCAGGCUAAUUGCAGAAGCUAAUUGCAGGUUUUGGCCAACUGUGUGCAUUACAUAUUCUGCAGUAGGCCUAAUCUGUUGCUAACACUUCUGGGCACAUGGGUCAUGUCAGUGUCUUUGUUCUCACCACUCACUGAGCAUGUUGAAAUACAACAGGACUAUAUAACGCAAAGUUGACUUAAGGUUGACAAAUCAAAAUGGCAGGAAAAAACGGAUUCCAGGCGUUGGGUUGUAGGUGCUGUGCAGAGUAAACUUGCUGGUGUUUGUGUACAUAGAUGGAUAUCAGAGGAAAAUGUUUAUCUUGUUUUGGUGGAGACAGAGAGGUCUCCUGUCGUUACCCCUGCUGAUGUACAUAUAGAAAGAGACUAUUUUGUUUAUAAGAGCUUGUGUAAUUUAAAGGUGUACAUUUCUCUAUGUUUUCAGAGUUGUGCGUGUGUUUUUUCUUGAAAGAAAAUAAAUUGUUGGUGUUAA